CCCCCCCUCCUCUCCCCUCACCGUGCGCUCUGGUCCUCCUCUGCGCGCUCUUGGGUUUCGCCUCGGAGAAACUCCGACGGAGCUCUGGAUCGCCAAAACUUCACCAAAUCAGUUUAGAGGUGUCGGGCUUGGGGCCGCAGUUGUUUUUUGUCGGGGGUUGGGGUGUCGUGAUUUAGUUGUUCUUUCACAGUUUAAUCAUGGAGACUCUCAGAAGUCUCCUCGCGCUGCUGUGCGUUUUCAUGGCUGGAGCGCAACUGCAGCAGGACCAACGGCGCAGAGUUGCUGAGUGUCCUGUUGACCUGUUCUUCGUCCUGGAUACAUCUGAGAGUGUUGCCCUCAGAAGGACACCAGAUUCCUAUUAUAUUGACCAGAUCAAAGGUUUCACCAAGGACUUCAUAGAUCAACUCAAAGACAUGCGCCACCGGUGUGACCGCAUCCUGACAUGGAACUCAGGAGCGCUGCACUACAGUGACGAAGUCAUACUGGUAAAGGAGCUGAGUGACUUGAAUACCGAACGCAAUGCCCUGAAGACAGCCAUCGACGAAAUCAAGUACAUCGGCAAGGGCACGUACACCGACUGUGCCAUCAAGAGGGGCCUCGCUGAGCUGCUCAUUGGGGGAUCCCAUUACCAUGAGAACAAGUAUUUGGUGGUGGUGACUGAUGGACAUCCUAUUACUGGUUACAAAGAGCCAUGUGGAGGUGUGCAGGAGGCAGCUAACGAAGCCAAGCUACACGGGGUCAAAGUGUUCGCUGUCGCCAUCUCACCUGACCAGGAGGAAGCCAGGCUGUCUCUCAUCGCCACAGACCGCAACUACAGACAGAACUUCACUGCUGCAACUGAUGACAUCAAAACCAGCAAGAUGGCAACCAUUGAAACCAUCGUUAACAUGAUCACAAAUGAAACAAAGGAUGUGUGUUGCUCGUUUGACUGCGUUGCUCCUGGAGGGGACAAAGGACCAGAUGGAGAACCUGGCUCUGAGGGAGAAAGAGGUAGACCAGGGAUGCCAGGAGAGAAGGGAGAUAUUGGUGAAGUGGGCAGGAUUGGCGACUCUGGUCCUGUCGGUUACAGUGGAAUGAAGGGAGACCGUGGCCCGAGAGGAGGAAAGGGUGACAGAGGACACAAAGGCUACAAGGGAGACAAAGGUCAAAGGGGAAAGGAUGGAAUCGACGGACGCAAGGGUGAAUCUGGUUUCCCUGGACUUGCUGGCUGUAAAGGCUCUCCUGGACAAGACCGUGGAAACCGAGGCCCAAGAGGGGAACCGGGGGAUCCAGGACCCCGCGGAGAACAAGGGAGGGAGGGCACAACUGGCCCCAACGGCGCCCCCGGUGAAGCUGGCAAGCCCGGGCCUCCCGGGUACAGAGGAGAUGAAGGCCAAGCCGGAUCAGAAGGACCCAAAGGGCCGAGAGGAAUCAAAGGAGCUCCAGGAGACAGGGGCCCUAUGGGAGGGAGGGGAGAGGAUGGCGCUCUAGGAAAUGGCACAGAAGGUUGUCAUGGUUUCCAGGGUUAUCCUGGGCCCCGUGGAGACCCGGGUGAGCCGGGUGGCAGGGGGACGCCUGGACCCAAAGGAGAUGAUGGCGAGCCCGGAAAUCCAGGCCCCGAUAAUAACGAACCAGGGCGUCUAGGACCAAAAGGGGCCAAAGGUCACAGAGGGCCCGAGGGCAGGCCGGGACCACCAGGGCCUCCCGGACCACCAGGAGCCGAUGAUUGUGAAAUUCUGGAUAUCAUUAUGAAGCUCUGCUCUUGUUGUGAGUGUAAGUGUGCACCAGUGGACCUGGCGUUCAUCGUGGACAGCUCAGAGAGUAUCGGUUCUACAAACUUUGCUCUUGCCAAAGACUUUAUCAUCACAGUCAUUGACAGGCUGAUAAAAGACCAGCAAGUCAAGUUUGCCGUCAACGAGUCCACAGUGAGUGUUGUCCAGUACAGUGGAUCGAAAGCCCAAGAAGUUGUCACACUAGCCUCAAGCCUCAUCGAAUUCAAACAGGCAGUGAGAGAAUUGGAGUGGCUAGCUGAGGCCACGUACACAGGCGAGGCCCUUGAUUUUGCUUUGAGCAAGACAAUCAAUGUCAUGAGGAAAGAGAACAAAGUCGUUCUCGUUCUCACUGAUGGACGCUCUGAUAUCGACAGAGACAAGACCCCCCUCAACGUACUCUGUGGUAAAGGCCUCCAGGUUGGUGGUUUAGGAGUAAAGGACUACUCAGGCCGUGAGCCCAACAAAGAGCAGCUCGACGACUUGGCGUGUAAGAGUGACCCCAAACCAGGCUUUUCCCGCGUGCUGAAUAACUUUGCUGAACUUCUCGACGACAAUUUCCUGCAGAACCUUACAGACACAAUCUGUAAAGAGAAGAAAUGCCCAGACUACAGAUGUCCCAUCUCUUUUCCUCAAAGUACCGAUAUUUUGGUGAUGAUGGACAGCUCGGCCAGCGUAGGCCAGAAGAACUUUGAAAUAAGCAAAACCUUUGUCCACCACUUGGUUGAUCGCUUCCUGAACGCAAGCAAGCCGCGUGGUGCCCAGAUUAGAGUGGGUGUGGGCCAGUAUAGUCGGAAUGCUCGCUUGGACGCGCCGCUGGAUAACAGUUCGAUGGUGUUGUCUGAGAAAAUCAAAGCAGCUACCUUCCAAAACAAUGACACCAGCGUGACCCAGGCCUUGGAGUUUGCAAUCAAGACUUUAACCCCACCGGAGAAUGUAUCAGGAGGCAGUAAGAAGCUGGUGCUCUUCUCUGACGGCAGGUCUCAGGGCAUCACCCAGCCUGUCCUGGAGAAGCGUGUUCGCGAGGUGGCGGAUGCUGGUAUUGAGCUCUAUGUCAUCUCAGCUGGCACCCAGGUCAACGAGGCUAACCUGCGCACUCUGGUGAGCAGAGGACGGCUGGCCGACAUCACAUACGCUCAGCGCCAUCUGUUCCGUCUCCCAGACUACCCAUCUCUGCUCCGUGGGGUCUUUUACCAAACCGUCUCCCGCAGGGUGUCCAUGCCCUGAAUGGGCAUACACCAUACAACAGGACUAAUACGCUUUACAUUUUUAGUCCAAUGAUUAUUCAGUCUCACUCAUUUACAGUACACUGUGUUUAAAAAAGAAAAGAAAGUCGCAAAACGACUAAUGAUUGUGUGGCUGAAAAAAUGUAAAUUUCUUCAAAAGAUUACCCAGAAACUUUUUUUUUUUUUACCCCAACUUGAUCCUCCAAGGCGGACCAUGUUAGGCUGUGUACAAACCCCGGUGCCUUCACUGAGAUCAUAACCAAACGAAGGUAUUUGACCUAAACCACCCACUUUUAGAACUUUCUGCCUUGGAGGUAAAGUUCAGGGUAAAAAAGUGCCAAAUAAAUGGGUAACUCCGGUCCUGGAGAGCCAUCAGUAUUAGCCCGUGUCUAUUUCUAGCUUUCAUCUGCAUUAGGCUGAUUUCUACUCAGGUAUCCCUGUAUCACUGUCAGCUCUGACUUCAGCUUUAAACAAGGCUCUUUGAAACGGCACUUACUUGCCUCUCCAGGACCAGACCUCCUUCCCUUUCAAGGAUUGUGUUUAGAGUCUAAUGUGGAUUCUUUUUUCUUAUUUUCAUUAUAGCUCUAGCCACUCUUUCAAGUGGUGUCAGAUCUGUUGUGUGACAGUAACGCAAAAUGAAGUGACCAAUCACAGCUGUGAAAUGAUUUAUUUUAAACUCCACCUCCAUGAUCUUUAAGUGUUAACUUAGUCCACAAUUGGAGAAAACUCACUCUGUUCAUUAUGUCAAAGUUAUAUUAAAUCACCAAAACAGGAUGUGACAUCAGAUAGCCUGCUUCACCAGAACUCCCCAGCUGGACCUUACCUGUGUGGUUCUGUCUGUGAGCAUGUGUGAACCCUCUCAGUGUGUGGACAUCAUUUACAUGUAAAUGUGUGUUCUACACAGAGCCUCGGGGCGUUGGUCCAUAAACAGCUGUGCUAUGGUCGCUGGUUCAAAUAAUAGAGUAAUGACAAAAAACUGUUGUUUAUUGUCUGUGGAUCAGAAAAGCCUCCGUUUCACACACACAUACGCUUACACGCAUACAUUGGUUCAGUGACCUUGGAAUCUGCCAUGGUGGAAACCUUGAAAAUAAACAUGGCACUUCUCACACCUACCCACACACAGAAAAAUACACACAGCUUUUUAGAUCACCUUAAGUGGAAGUUCAAAGUUGUUGUUAUCUUCAUUGGCUCAGAGUCACUGAGCUGUUGUUGUUAUCUGUGGUGCUACUAGUUUCAGUGUAUCAGCCUCUACCCUUUUUGUUAAAGAAGAUAUUUUUACCGUGGGGAUGCACAGCCACAGUAGUUUCAUAAGAGCUCCUUCAAUAAAGGUUGCUGCACCUAA